AUUCAAACCAGGAAGCUUAUUGUUGAAGGCUUAAAGUCCACACACAGCUUAAACCGCUGUUUUGUUUGAUCAUAAUUUGAACCAAUUUACUCCAAAAGAAGGUUCAGAAUGGACAAAGAGGACGAUAUACUUGCAGACCACUCACAAGCUAUACCUGAGGAAGACUUCAAAAGUGAUACUUAUGUUCUAAGGAAACCAUGUUUGGUCAUGUUUUUCUCGCGUACUGUUCCAAAUAUGCAGUAUGAAAAGGGAAAACGUUAUGAAAAGAAGACUAUUACUAUUGAAGACGGUAGCAGCACGUUGGCUAACGAAGAGGUAGAUGUUGAUAUUGGUACAAUCCAUGAUUUCUUAUCAGGAAUCUCAAGACAAACAAAAAUGAAACCGGUCUUCAAGUUGAUCCGGAAUCCAACACUUGAGAACAUAGACGACAAGUUAGGGGAGCUGAAGGAUAAGGGGCACAAGUAUGGUUCCUUCAUUUUCGUCAUCUGUUCAUACCUGGAUAAAGGGGACGAGAUUGAAAUAUACAAUGGCUCAGUUUCAAUAGAUCACUUCUUCGACAAAAUAAAAUCAUUCGAAUCCAUGGCUGCAAAACCAAAGCUGUUUCUGAUACAAGCUGACGACAAGAAGCUCAUUCCAACCGCUUCUAUCACAAAAGGUUCCACUACAUUUGUAACAAAUGUCGUAACAAAGAAAAUUCCCACCGACGCAGACAAAAUCGUCAUAUUUUCUACCAUACCACAGGUGGUGGUCAAUAGACAGCUACCUGCCAAACAGCACACUGAAAGCGGCCAGUCUGUAAGCCAGUCGUCAGAGGAACCAAAAUCAUCCCUGUUGAUCCAGGCUUUCAUCGAUGUUUUGAGAACCAAUGCGAACAUGGAUUUACUCAGCAAUACCCCGUUUAUUAAUGGUAAAGUAGUUGAGCUAUUCAGAGAACUCGAUCCUACCAAAGUCGACAUCCCCGUGCCACUUGUUACGUCAACACUCACCAAGCAAUGGCUUCUUGGAGGAAGUUUACACGUUUAGUUACCAUACAACGACUACAAAACUUUUUGUUCCGGUCGUUUGCAAAAAUAUCAUGUACACUUACCGAACAUUGUAAAAAUCAAUUAAUUAUUCUAGUCUAUUUUUACAUCUGUAUAUAUUUAUGAACGACAUUAAUGCGCAAUAAGAGUAGUAAAUAUAUGUUAUUGGAAGUACUUUUUAUACUAUUACACGUAUAACUAUUAUUAUCACUGUCCUAUUUUUAGUAUCUCAUUAGGCAUAUAAAAUAAAAAAAAAUAAAGAAAAUACAUUAUUUUCAUUGACUUUAUUGAAAAAUAACAUCUUUAAUGUUAAAAACAGUUAUACAUUGCUCUCAAAUUGUCUAUGAAAAUUUAAAGAAAUCGACUUUAUGAUGCUUUAUGAAUACGGCCCAGUCCUUUUUUUCCAAAUUUUGAUGAUAACAACUUACUGCAUGCAACACAUUUUUUACAGUAUUAUUAAAACCUAUUUUGAUCCAUUUUGAAUGAAACAAUCUACCUGUGCAAUAGACCAGUUCAUUGAUUCAAUGCGCAUGCGCGGGUCCCUUUUCCUUUGAAAUGCAUUCUGGGUUGAAAUCUGAUAAGUGGGCGCUACUCGAUAAUAUUGAUUAUCGGAAACUUAUUAAAUUGGAGUAUACUGUACCUGUUUAGAGUAAUAUAAGUGUAUAUAAAUAUUGGUAUUGUUUGUUUUAGUUUUAUUAUUUGUACAUACAUGUAGACUUACUUUCAAAUGGUCACUGUCAAAUAAUGAUACACAAAUGUCGUCUCCUUAAUGCAAAAUGGUACCAUCUGACAUUUUCAUAAUUUUGAGAAAAUCACUUUAAAGGUUUGAAGCCUUAGAUCAAAUCAGGUUUUUGUGCUACAACUUUUUCAUAUUAACAUAUAAGCAGGCAUGGGUCUUAUGUGUAUUGCCUGAAAGAAUUAAACGUUUGUAUUCACUAAUUAACCUUAAUGAAUGAAUUAAGUAUGAUGGCUCCUUUUUGAAUAGCACUCUUUUAUGACAUUUACGUGCAAGAAGGUACCAUAUAAAAUUAUGGUUCCUUUUUGCACUGAACAUUAUUUAAACUUAAACAAAAAAAUGUCACAAAAAGGUGCCAUAUGACAACUGGUACCUUUUUGCAUAAACAAAUUUAAGAUAAUGCUGUACAUUUUAUUAUUCAUACAGAGGUAUGUUUAGGCAAUAGUAUUUUGCGUCACACUGAAUCAAGCAGAUUAUAAUCAUUUUUGUAAACAUUCACAACCAAAAGUAAGCAGAAAAUAACAUGUUACAUCCAAAUAUGAUUACAGAACAAAUAUAACUGUAAACAUGAUAUAACGCGUUUGCGACUUCGCUUACUUUACAUGUUGUAUAGCAGGGUUUUUUUCACCAUACUUGUAACAUCGACAUUAUUAUUCAAUGUCUGUGUUCUCAUCACUUGAAUCCAUUGGUACAAAAUCCUUUUCCUUUUUGCUGGAUGGUAAACUCUCAUGGUAACUGGUGAACUCUUCUGGAAUUAUUUCCUUUGAACACAAAGUAACCAAAUCAGUUUUCUUCUGUACUGAGAUAGGAAGUUUUGUUUAAACACAUUGCUAGAUCUUUUUCACUUUCGGGCCACUUGCACAAUCUCACCUUUUGUUCUCGUUGUCCUCUCAACUUUGAUCUCUUGGUAACUCUUAGGGUCAAAGCUGUAAUUUACAACUACAGAUUUUGGACUUUCCCUUCGCACUUUCGCACAUGUAUCCAUUUGACCUGAAGCCGGUUGAAUUGUUCACCAAUUAUUGAUGUUCUGAGGUUUGGACAAUGUUUCUUUACAAAGUCUUUAAAAUCAAUAACAUGGUUGCAAUUCAUUGGAACGGCAAUGUAUGGCUGUAACUACCUCGAAAAUGAAAUAAAAGUGAUGAGACAUAC